AUGGCCUUGAACAGCGUCACCUUUUUUGUCUCUCAUGAAUGUGAUGCCUGUCUCACAGUGAAGAUCAUCAACCUGGAAGGGAGCAGUGCUUUACUAAAACAAUCAGAGAAGUACACAGAGCCUGAUCUUUCUAAAAGAGCUUCGAACUUCAUACCUAACAGCGAUAUGUUUGUCUCGCUGCAGGUAUUCGAUGGCGAAACUGGAAGAAAUUUAACGAUUCCUGUUUAUACAAAGUAUGUUCCGUUUAAGAACAGUCGGGUUUGGGACCAGUGGUUGACGUUACCUAUCAAAAUCAAUCAAUUAGAUAUGACUUCCACAUUAUUGAUUGAACUUUGGGAAUACAAUGGAGACACGAGAUCAAUUUUUGCUAAGCUAGAAACCCAAAUAUUCAAUUCUCACGAUUACAGCUUAAAACGAGGAAGAGAAGUAUUCAAAUUCACCAAGGACAAUGAAAAAAGAGCUUUGCCCAUGAAGGACCAAAACAUUGCCCUAAUUAAUGAUUAUCAUACAGGUGAGCUCAAGACGAGUCAAUGGCUAGAUAAUUCUGUGAUAUCAGCAUUAGAAGAACAGGUAAAGGGAGAAAAAUUACCUCUUGGCACUUUCAAGUUGACCAUUCAACAUAAGAUAACGCAGGUUCCAAUAGUUUAUACUGCAAGUGAAGUAAGUAAUGCUCAAGUUAAUAUUCCAACAUUUCACAACCUUGAGCGUAAUGAAAUCCAAGAGAAUGGAAACAAAUCAGAGAAUGAAGUGAAGAUAUCAUUAGGAAAAUCUCAUGAAUCAACUCUUUUCUUCUAUGACCCUGACCAGUACAACACUGACUUAAUCGAAGAGAAAUUCAGAAGAUUAGAACGUUCUUCGAGAGAAACAGAUACUGAGAAGUAUAUCAAACCUGAUGCAAAAAAAAGAGAUGUGUUGAAUGCAAUUAUAGCAAGUCCACCAGGCACAAAACUAACAGAUCAUGAAAAGGGUCUAAUAUGGAAAUACAGAUACUACUUAUCAAAUAACAAGAAGGCACUGACCAAGCUUUUGCAAAGUACCAAUCUUUCAGAGGAAUCUGAAAUCAAAGAAGUCCUAGAUUUGAUGGAUAUAUGGGCAGAAAUUGAUUUAGAUGACACUAUGGAACUACUCGGACCGCAGUACACAAAUAUCUCUGUUCGAUCUUAUGCUGUAAAUAGACUACGGAAAGCGUCUGACAAUGAAUUGGAACUUUACCUCCUUCAACUUGUCCAAUCAGUAUGCUUUGAGUGCACUUCGACUUUAUCAGACAAAUCAAACAGCGAAUUCACAAUAGUUAACAUAGAAAACUCUAAUAAUGAUCAAAAUUAUUCGGGUGACAUAAUAGACGCUUCACAAUUCCUUGCGAAUUCAUUUGACAAGAAUUCUGUAAUGAUCUCACCUUUGGCAGAAUUCUUGAUUAGGAGGGCAGUCAAAAACUUCAGACUUGGUAACUUUUUCUACUGGUAUUUACGAUCUGAAUCUGAGCGUAACACCUUCUUGGUGCAUAUAUUAGAAAGUUUCAAAAGCAGACUUCCCGAACAUUCUAAAAAAACCAUUGAUGAUCAAAUUCUGUUAGUCGAUAUGCUUCGAAAAUUCUGUGAGGAAAUCAAGCAAAGUAAGGAAACUACUGUCAAGAAACAAGAAAUAUUACUCCACUUAAUUUCAUCUCGCAUGAGAUCACUUUUCAAAAAUAAAGCAAUAACCUUACCUUUGGAUCCAGAUGUUAUUGCUGUGGAUGUUAUCCCGUCGUCAUGUAAAGUUUUCAAGAGUUCUUUAUCUCCAUUAAAGAUAACUUUCCUAACAGCCAAUGGUCAGCAUUAUUCUCUUAUGUUCAAAGUCGGUGAUGAUUUAAUACAAGACCAAUUGGUCGUUCAGAUUAUCAAACUCAUGGAUCAGUUACUUAAGAAUGAGAAUGUUGACCUCAAACUUACCCCAUAUAAUAUUCUAGCGACAGGAAAGAAUGAGGGUGCCAUAGGAUUCAUACCUAAUGAGACAAUGAGUAGCAUACUUAGCGUUCAUCAUGGUAUUUUGAAGUACCUACAACAAAAUUAUCCCUCACAGGCUGAAAUCGAUGGAGUUGAACCAUGGGUUAUGGAUAAUUUCGUCAAAUCCUGUGCAGGGUAUUGUGUUAUCACUUACAUCUUAGGUGUCGGUGAUCGGCAUUUAGACAAUUUACUAAUCCAACCAGAUGGUAAAUUUUUUCAUGCAGAUUUCGGCUAUAUCUUAGGUUAUGACCCGAAACCUUUUCCACCAUUGAUGAAACUACCUCCUCAAAUCAUCGAGGCUUUCGGAGGUACAGAUUCGGCAAACUACGAUAAAUUCAGAUCCUAUUGCUUCGUUGCAUAUUCAAUUCUACGUAGAAAUGCCGGGCUAAUCAUCAACUUGUUCGAAUUGAUGAAGACGUCUGACAUACCAAACAUAAAAAUGGACCCUGAAGGAGCAGUUCUAAAGGUAAUGGAAAAGUUUGCUUUCGAUUUAUCUGAAGAAGACGCCACUAUUCAUUUCCAAAAUUUAAUCACUACUAGUGUCAACGCUCUAAUACCGUUAGUUAUUGACCAUCUACAUAACUUGGCGCAAUAUUGGCGUGUUUAG